AAACGCAUGCGUAUUAAAGAGUUUCGCCACCUGUACAAACCAUUAUAUUAAAAAAAAAUUAAUAAUAAUAAUAACACAAGAUAUCAAACGCAAUAAAUAACCAAAAUAUCAGGAAGGUGUUAUAUGGAGGUAUUUUUGUCGAAAGAAAAUGAAGGUUCGUUAACAAUUAAAUAAAAAUUUACACAAAAUAUGUCAUGUUUUUGGAGACACAUUGGAGAAACGGGGCUCCAAAUACCCAAUGUGAAAGAUGUGGACAACGUAACGUUUUAUUUAAUAUCCGUCCGUGUGGAUGAAGUUACUUGGUCCGUUUCGAGACGUUACAGCGAAUUUUACGACCUUCACCAAAUGCUGUGUAAUGAUCACGGUGUUUCCAAGAAUUUGCUACCUCCGAAACGUACCAUUCGAAAUAAGUGCCCCAAUUUUAUCGAAACUAGACGACAAGCUCUUGAAUGUUAUUUACAAAAUAUAUUUAAUUAUUUAAAACGCACCAUGCCUAGGGAAUUCGUCGAAUUUUUAGAUUUUAAUCUGUAUGAUACCUUUUAUUUAUUAAAGAAAUUGGCUUUCCGGUUUUGUACUGAAGGCGACAGUAUUGUUAACAAAGAAAUUACUACUUUUAAUCCAUUAGAGUUAUAUUCGAUUAGUAUUUGUUUAAAACAACCUUUCCCAAACGUUGUAGAAACAGAUAAAAGGUACGAAUUUAGUCAUGUCUUAGACUACUGCACUCAAUUAACAAGUUUGUCUAUUAAUGGGAUUCCAAAAAAGUUUUUAUUAAGCAACAUAGAGCCAAAUAAGUUACCUAUCGAUCUAUCAAUAUUUAAAGGGUUGAGAUCAUUAUCAAUUCAUUACAUGCCUUUAAACAACGUAUCUAGUCUUGGAACUCUUCGAAAUACCGUUGAAAAACUUUCUGUGGCGAAAUCUUCCAUAACAAAUAUAUCAGAUAUCCUCCAAUGUGAUAUAUUACAUAAAUCACAAUUGUGCAAUACUCAAGUUUGGACUAAACUGGAGUCUUUGGAUUUAAGGUUUAAUAAUUUAACAGAAAUUGGCCCAGUUUUAAGUUUAGUCCCAAAUUUAAAGAAGCUUUAUUUGGGUCAUAACAAGAUCACAAAAUUAGGGGACGUCUCCUCAUUAACAAAACUCACUCAUCUUUACAUAAACGAUAAUUCAAUCUCAAGUUGCGAAGAUUUGCACACAAAGUUAGGAAAUGUGGUCGUUUUGGAUUUAUCUCAAAACCUCAUAUCUUCACUAGAAGGAUUCAAAAAACUUUACUCAUUAGAAAAUUUAAAUUUAAGUAGUAACCAAAUAACCGACAUUAAUCAAAUAGCCAACGUUGGUAAUUUACCCUGUUUGGAAUAUUUAUGUUUAACUGGAAACGUCGUGGCCACAGUCGUUGAUUAUCGCGCAAAAGUUUUUGAAUGUUUCGGACCCCGCGCUAAAGAAAUAUGUUUGGACAAUGAAAAACCCACUCAAAGCGAACUUGACAAAGCCGCCAUUUUUCAAGCACUAACAAUUGUACGCGAAGGAAGAACACCCAGAUUUUAAAAACAAAAUGCAAUAAAUUUAUCCAGAAGUGCUUCAUUAAGAAUGUUAACAGGCUGUGAUGGGAAAAAUAUAAUAUAUUAAAAUGUAUAUAUCAAUGUAACAAUGA